UGGGUAGCAUCCCACUCCCGGCCCGCCUCAUCCCGCCGGCCCUUGGGCCCCUUUAACCGGGCGGCGGAAGGGGCGGCCGGGGGAGGCGGCGGCGCCCAAUGGGCUGCGCGGAGCGUCACUUCCCGGCGGCUGGAGGCGAGUGGCGAGUGUCGGGCCGGCUGGCGGGGGCGGGGCGGCCAAGGAGGCGUUGGCAGCGGGCUCGGACCCACGCGGCGCUGCAGCCCGCCUGGCCUGCAACGCUCCCACCAGCUCGGCGGCACGAUGCCCUUUGACUUCAGGAGGUUUGACAUCUACAGGAAGGUACCCAAGGACCUCACGCAGCCAACAUACACUGGUGCCAUUAUCUCCAUCUGCUGCUGCCUCUUCAUCCUCUUCCUCUUCCUGUCAGAACUCACCGGAUUCAUCACCACAGAAGUGGUGAAUGAGCUCUACGUCGAUGACCCAGACAAGGACAGCGGAGGCAAAAUUGACGUCAGUCUCAACAUCAGUUUACCCAAUUUGCACUGUGAAUUGGUCGGGCUUGACAUCCAAGAUGAGAUGGGCAGGCAUGAAGUGGGCCACAUUGACAACUCCAUGAAGAUCCCACUGAACAAUGGAGCAGGCUGCCGCUUCGAAGGCCAAUUCAGCAUCAACAAAGUCCCCGGCAACUUCCAUGUGUCCACACACAGUGCCACAGCCCAGCCUCAAAACCCGGACAUGACACAUAUCAUUCACAAGCUCUCCUUUGGGGAUACACUACAGGUCCAGAAUGUUCAUGGAGCUUUCAACGCACUGGGUGGAGCAGACAGACUCACCUCUAAUCCCCUGGCUUCCCAUGACUACAUCUUGAAGAUUGUGCCCACAGUGUAUGAGGACAAGAAUGGCAAGCAGCGUUACUCCUACCAGUACACAGUGGCCAACAAGGAGUAUGUUGCCUACAGCCACACGGGCCGCAUUAUCCCUGCCAUCUGGUUCCGCUAUGACCUCAGCCCCAUCACAGUCAAGUACACAGAGAGAAGGCAACCACUCUACAGGUUCAUCACCACAAUCUGUGCUAUCAUUGGUGGGACCUUCACUGUUGCUGGCAUUCUGGACUCCUGCAUCUUCACAGCCUCAGAAGCAUGGAAGAAGAUCCAGCUAGGCAAAAUUCACUGACGUCCUGCCCAGCCCAGUGACUGAGGACCAGGGACCCUGCUAGCCCGCCUCCAGCACCCUAUCUCCUUCUGCCUUCUUUGGCCAGUGUGUGUGGGAGGAGGGUGGUGGUGGUAAUGGGUGGCACAAGGUUCCACAGCUACCUCUUUCCCCAUGUUUUAGAUAAAUUAACACUGCCUGGAGUCAUGGUGUCCCUUUCCCUACAGAGCCCCAAGACUGGAGUGAGGCAUGGGGAGGUACUCCAAAGAUGCUGGUGACCCCUCAUGGGAUAGGGAAUAGCCCAGAGUCCCCACAGAGCAUCUCUCAGCCACGAUUUGACAAUCUUUAAGCCCCCACCAUUUGAAUACACUAACAGCUCAGUUUCUCCCCCAGCAGCCAACCUGAGGUCUCAGCCUUGGGACCAGGCUGCCCAAAGGUACUGCUGCCUGGCACUUUGGGCAUGGAAUGGUACUUGGCAGGCAAGCCCCUAGAUAUGGCAUUGUAGCUGGAACUUGCUUGUGCCCCAUUGCUUAGUGCCCAUCCUAGAGCCCGGGUCUUAUCCCUUGCCCCACGCCUGGUGCCCCUUCCUCUGUUGUCUUUGCUCUUCUGAAUUCCCCACCAAUGUGCCUCAGCCGCUGUGCUAUGUGGCAAUAGCAUUUCUUGGUGAAGGGGCUGGUUCCCACUAUGGCAAAGUUCCCUCGACAUACACUGUUACAUUCUGCAGUAUCAUGGUUAGGGCCAUGUGACUGGGAGGUGGUCCUUGGAGGACCAGGUAAAGCACAGUCUGUGCACUUCUGUCCAAUCCAGAAGCACCCUUCCCUACGAACCACCACUGAUCUUGUCUUGGCAUCCACCUUUGGUUCCAAGGCCUUAGCUGGGGGAAUGAAGCAGAUCAGCUUCUUCUCAUUGCACCUCUACCUUGUAGGCUCCCAAGGGUGCCCAGGGUUUGGGACCCACUUGCCAUUGACAUCUCCUGUUAGCUGAGCACAUACCAACAAGUUCCCAGCCCCAGGACACCCCAGUGUCUCCUCUCCUUCCCCCUGAGGUGGAUCCCUUCCCUCCUCCCCACCCUCAUCCUUCCCUUUUUGUCCUAAAGGGAGGGGCAGUGGUCCAGGCAUGAAUCCCAUGUGGAGAAUUUGAGCUAUGCUCUCAUGUCCAGAGAGAGCCGCAUGCCUGGGCUUCAUUUAUAUGAGAGUGCUUACAUACUUUUGUAAUGAAUGGGAGUCUCCAGUAGGAAGUGUUUUUAUUUUUGAUUUGUUUUUCUUGAGUAAUGUCUUAUGGGUAACUGGAUUCUCUGCCGCUUGUAAUUUUUGCCUCAGAAUUCCAAUUAGCAAAACUUCUGUUGUGUACGUAAACUGCCCCUGAUUUAUUUCUGGUAUUUGGCCACUUGGACGGACUUUUUUUUUUUUCUUUUUUUUAAACAUUCUGUUCCCCAAUUACAGAAACCAGUCCCUUUGGUGUGUAAAUCUGUCACCUGUGGAGGGUGGGGCAGGGAGGGACAGGGUGGGAAGUGUGUGGCAUGCAUAUGAGUUGAAAUCCCACUUUUGUGAGGGUACAGGGAUGUCGGUUUCCCAUGGAAGAGACACCUCUGGUCUGUUAUUCUUGUAAAGGUAUUCUUAAAGGGACAUAUGUUUCGAGUCUUUCCCACUCACUGGGUUCAAAUAGAUUAUUAAACGACUGCUUUUCAGAAA